CAUUUUUCCUUCGUUAGUUUCAAACUCCUAAAGAAACUUAUUUACCAUUUUAUAAUUAUCUAAUGUUUUCUCUAAAGAAUGUAUAAUAAAAAUUAGAGGUUAAUCGAUAUGUAGUCUGAUAAUUGUUAAUUUGUUAUCGAACCAACUGAUAUCUUAGAAGAUGACCUCACUGGCCAUCUUCAAUCAAUGGACAGUCAUGGCGGAACACAAUAACCAAACACUCACCAUGAAUGUACCCUCUGUGAGAACAUUCAAGAAAAUCAACCCAUUAAUCCAUUUCCAUAGACUCUCUCUUUACAAUCAUCAUUCGCAGUUCCAACUUUGCUUUUCCCAAUCUUCCUACAAUGAUACUCACGAAAAUCCCCAUUCAUUUGUGACAAAAGGUUUCAUUCUUAUAAUCUUCUCAUUCACUCUUCUUUCCCUUCGUAUAAUUUCCACUAUUCUUCUUCCUGAGUUUCCUCAAAGAUGGAGUCGACUCAUUGCAUUCUCUAAACAAGCUGAAUCGGAGGUGAUGAGUAGUUGUCCACACCAUUUGAUCCGAGCUGUGGUUGCCUAUGAGGAUAGACGAUUCUUUAGCCAUUUUGGCGUCGACCCAGUUGGUAUUGCUCGUGCUGUUUUGUCACUCUCGUCUCGUGGUGGCGGAAGCACCAUUACCCAACAGCUUGUCAGAAUCUCAUUCUUGAAGAAUGAACGCACAGUCUUGAGGAAAACUGUUGAGAUGAUUCUGGCUUUAGCACUCGAGGGAACAAUCUCGAAAAUGGAAAUCUUGAGUGCUUAUUUGUGUAAGAUAUAUUGGGGACAUGGUAUUUUUGGUAUUCAAUCUGCAUCAAAAUUGUAUUUUGGAAAGCACAUAUCCCUUCUUAGCUUGGGAGAAUGUGCUAUGCUUGCAGCAAUGAUACCAGCGCCAGAGCUCCGGUCACCAUUCAGGGACAGUAGCAGAGGAAAAACUUUCCAGGCUAGAGUUCUGAAAAGGAUGGUGGAAUUCGGAUUUCUUGAUGUAGAGAUGGCAAGCAUUGCUGUAAAACAACAUCUCAGAUUUAAUUCUGGAAGCCUGGAUCAUCCAGAUGGGUCCUUGGUUAUAUCGUCUUUCUCCAAAGAGCAUUCAAGUACCAACACAAAGUCUGAUGGAGAUUUAUUCUCGACCAUUAAGAGAGUUUGGGACUGGGAAGCAGAAAGCAAAAUCUGGGAAGUGAAAGAGGACAUGGACAGAUGGGCAACUGGUAUAAAACGAUUGGAAAACAUCGAUGAUUCCAAGUUCAAAUCAAAACUUCUUUUCAUUAUCAGAGGAAUGUGAAGAGACUCAAGAUCAUGAGAAGAUACAUCACUCCCUUGUCAUGAACUGUGGAAAAAGGUUUGGCAAAAGGUAACAUGUGUUCCUUAAAAAUGACAUCCAUGUAAUGGUGACUCUCAAUACACACACAAGUGUAUAUGGUCGUCCAAAGAGUAGACUAAUGUAGUCCAAAUAUUGUACCAAGAACUAGUGAUUUAGCAAGAAUCUGGUAAAUUCUAAUACAACAAUUUUAGACAAGUUGAGAAGGGAUUUGACAAACCACAUACAUUUAUCGACCUUCCCAUUUUGUAAUCAGUUAGACGAUAAGUAUGGACUCAUUCGCUUUAGAAAAUAGAAUUUCUUACUCCAUA